GAGCCUGGUGUGAGAAGAGGGCAGUUCCCCUUCCUGUGGGGCUGCUGAAGUACAACCAUGUCAUGGGGAGUGGGCUGUCUCAAGAGGCCGCACCCUAUGUCUCCUGCCCCUUCUACAGACUCUGUAGCUCUGCCCAUUAGUACAACAGCAGCCUCCAGGAGGAGAUGCCAUGACCUUCACCUUCACAGCCCUGCUCUGUCUGGGACUGGCUCUGGGCCUUGGGACACCAGUGCUGGCAGGAAUUCCACCGAAACCUGUGCUAAGAGUACAGCCAGACUAUGCUGUCCCCGAGAAUUCGACAGUGACCUUGCUGUGUGAGGGGACCAUGAGAGCUACAUACUACUAUCUGUAUAAAAAUGGAAAACGAUGUUCACUGCACACAGAGAUUUUACAGAAUAACAGCAAGGCUGCAUUCUCAAUAUCAAAAAUAGGUCCUCAUGAAGCAGGUAGAUAUUACUGUGAAUAUUGGAGCAGUGAUGGAUGGUCAGGGUACAGUGACCCCGUGGAGCUGGUGGUGACAGGGGCCUCCAAUAAACCCAUCCUAAGAGCACGGCCCAGCCCUGUGGUGAGUGAAGGAAUGAAUGUCACCCUCCAGUGUGUCUCAAGGCAACCACAAAACAGUUUCAUUCUGACUAAGGAUGGACAACCGAAGAGCUCUUCCACGCUGGGAUCACAGUAUGACCACUCUACUGAUCCUUAUCAGGCCCUGUUUUCUGUGGGUCCUGUUACCUCCAGCCAAAGGUGGACAUUCAGAUGCUAUGGCUUUAAUAAGAACAGCACACUGGUGUGGUCAGAACCUAGUGACCCCCUUGAGCUCCUGUUCUCAGGGUCCCUCCACAAACCCACCCUCAGGGCUGAGCCAGGCCCUGUCAUCGCCUCAGGAAGAUCCAUGAACAUCUCCUGUCAGGGGACCCUGGAUGCAGAAAUGUGUUUUCUGCAUAAAGAGGGUACACAGACCACAAACGAGAUUGGGAACAAGUACACACGCUCCAUUCCUUCUGUGGCACAGCAACAUGCAGGACAGUAUCGCUGUUACUGUUACAGCUCAGCUGGCUGGUCAGAGCGCAGUGACACCCUGGAACUGGUGGUGACAGGAAUGUACAAUGAUAACCCCUUCCUGACAGCACUGCCCAGCCCUGUGGUGACCUCAGGAGGGAACAUGACUCUGCAGUGCGUCUCACGGUAUGGAUAUGACAAGUUCGUUCUCACCAAGGAAGAUGAGAAAUUCUCCAGCUCCCUGGACUCACAAUACAUAUACAAGAAGGGGCACCACCAAGCCACAUUCUCUGUGGGCUCUGUGACCCCAGUCCACAGUGGGACAUUCCGAUGUUAUGGUUACUUAAAGAACACCACACACUUGUGGUCAGUACCCAGUGACCCCCUGAAAAUACACAUCUCAGGCCUGUCCAAGAAGCCCUCCCUGCAGACUCAGCAAGGCCACAUCCUGGACCCUGGAAAGAGCCUCACCCUGCAGUGUUGCUCUGACAUCAACUAUGACAGAUUUGCUCUGUACAAGGUGGGGGGAACAGACUUCACCCAGCAUCAUGGCCAGAGGACCCAGGCUGGCCUCUCAGUGGCAAACUUCACACUGGGCUCUGUGAGCAGAACUACCGGUGGCCAGUACGGAUGCUAUGGUGCACACAACCUCUCCUCUGAGUGGUCAGCCUCCAGUGAUCCCCUGGAUAUAUUGAUCUCAGGAGAGAUUCCUGCAACUCCUUCCCUCUCAGUGAAGCCAAACUCCACAGUACAGUCUGGAGACAACGUGACCCUGCUGUGUCAGUCAACAUACACAGUGGACACUUUCAUUCUGUCCAAGGAGGGAGCAGCACACCAACCCCAGCGAAUGAAAUCAAAGUCCCAAGAUUGGGGGUCCCAGGCUGAAUUCUCCAUGAGUGCUGUGACCUCUGCCCUCUCAGGCACCUACAGGUGCUAUGGUUCUCGAGACUCAUCUCCCUACCUGCUGUCACAUGCCAGUGCCCCUGUGGAGCUCUGUGUCUCAGCCUCACAGAAACAGGACCACACAGUGGAGAAUCUCAUCAGGAUGGGGAUUGCUGUUCUGAUCCUCAUAGUCCUUGGGAUUCUGGUCUUUGAGUCUUGGGACAGCCAGAGCCAGGCCCAACAAGCAGCUGAGAGGUAUUCUGAAGAGAAACAAACUCAUCUCUGAAGUUUCCAGAUUCCGGGGGAAAAAAACAGAUGAUCCGAGUUUCUGUAAGAAAAUCCUGUUCUUACACUGAUGCACUGGUAUGAGAGAAUGUCCAGGGAACAGUGUGAUUUGUGGGCAGAGGAAGGUGUGAGUGCUGGGAUCAGCUCCUUUAUCAGCGAAUGAAUUUACAUCCUUCCCCCUACUACAGGCAUUUGCAGAUGAACCAACUCUCUCUGGGUCUAUAAACAGAGGAAAUAUGGAUUCCCAUAUGUCUGUCUAGCUUUGGGUUCCCAUUUCUGUACAUUGUUUCUUUCUCUCCCUCUGAUGUGUCUUUUUCAAUUCUUUAAAUUGCCACAUUCUCUGUAACAGGAGUUUUUGUUUGUUAGUCUAGACACAAAGAAGUUGGGCCAAUAACAAAAAUGAUGAAUAAGGUAAGAGCUCAGAUUAAAGACAGUGUGCCUAGGAGGCCCCUAAACUUUGUCUGUGUACAUUCAGUCUCAGUCUUCUUGGAGUUUCUCUUGAAAUAUAAAGCCUAAGUUACUACAGUUGUGGAAUAAGGGCUGUGUGUCAAGAGAGUGUGGGCACAGCUACAAAAAUGUUUUCUUAACACAAAGUCCUGAUUUGUUCCACUUUCUGACCACUCCAUACAACCCCAUCAAAGACCGCUUCACAGGAGCAAUGCUGCGCCACAGGGUUGGGGGGG